GCCAUCUUCGGGCGUCAACAGACAUAAAAGACGAGGCUUAUUAAGCAUGAUGCCCGAUUAAAAUUCCAACUUAACCUUCUACUAACAACUUCCUCUACCGCGUCAAGCUGCUGCAAUGGGGAUUCUGCGAUUGCACGAGACUGAGAAUGCGGAGAUCGACGAGUUCCGUCGUAUGCUGCUGUCUUGUGCCGCCGGUCACCGGAGAAAGGACGGUGACGAUUUAAGAGACAGAGAUCCUGUCGGAGCUGGAAACGGCGACGUACUCGAGAAGUUAGUUUGUGUCACCAGCGGUGUAUCGUACCUCGGUAUUGCUGUUGUGAAACAGCUCCUUGUCCAUGGCUACUCUGUGCGGAUUAUUGUUGACAAUGAAGAAGAUGUAGCGAAGCUGGGUGAGAUGGAAAUAUCUGGUGAAAUGAGACUUACAAAUAGUAUUAUUGAAAUAGUCAUGGCUAAGCUGACUGAAAUUGAAAGCUUGGCCAAUGCGUUUGAUGGUUGCCGUGGCGUGUUUCACACCGCUGGCUUCAUUGACCCUUCUGGGUUAUCUGGCUAUUCGUCAUUAUGCAAGUUUUACGUUUUCCAGAAAGCUAUGGCUGAUAUCGAAGUGAAUGCAAGUAAAAAUGUUGUAGAGGCAUGCGCGAUUACACCUUCUGUUAGAAAUUGUUUACUCACAUCCUCACUUUUGACCUGUAUUUGGCGAGAUAACUCUCGUGAUGGACUCCCGUCCCUUAUUGACCAUAGCUGCUGGAGCGAUGAAUCCUUCUGCCUAAACAGAAAGCUCUGGUGUGCUUUGGGGAAAUUGAGGGCAGAAAAAUCUGCAUGGGAAGUUGCCAAGGAAAGCGGGGUUAAGCUGGCCACCAUUUGUCCCGGGCUUAUCACCGGGCCAGAUUUCUACCGACGGAGUCCAACAUCUACAGUUGCUUAUCUCAAAGGUGUUCAAGAUAUGUUUGCAGAUGGCUUGCUAGCAACUGUCGACGUAAAUAGAUUAGCAGAGGCACAUGUUUGCAUAUUCGAGGGGAUGAAGAAAACAGCAUCCGGCAGGUACAUUUGCUUUGAUCGAAUAAUCGAAAGUGGAGAAGAGAUUGAAAAUUUGGCCAGAGAGACAGGCAUAAACACGAGCACAAUAACCGGAGGCGCGUCAAGUAGUAAUCGGGCUCGGUAUGAAUUGUCGAACCAAAAGCUUUUUCGACAGAUGUCAAGAACAUGGAGAUGCUUUAAUGAGUGACCAGUAAAUUAUUGAUCAAAUUUUCCUUUUGAUCACGAGUUAUGAUUCUGGGUACCUUGUAUCCAAUCCUUAGAAAUUAAAUGUUCUUGCAUGGUCUUUUUGUAUGCCUAGUGAAAGUUUGAAUGUUACACCAAAUAUUGUGAGUGGAACGUGAAUGUCUUCAAUAAUUGGAUUAUCUUAAGGUUGAGAGGCUUGUAAUAAUUAAGUAGAGAUGAUGAACAAAUGUCUUAUUAAGCCAUGUUCUUUUGGAUAUA